AUGGCUGAGAAAUAUAAAGAAGAUGAAUUACAAAUCCGGGAAGCAAAGAGAGAGGAUAUGACUGCGGUCGCUGAGAUGAUCCAAGAACUUGCUGAUUUUGAAAACAUGUCGGAGGGACCUAAAAUGUCAGUGACUGAUCUGGAACAUGAUGGUUUUGAGAGGCAGCCACCUGCGUUCCGCUGCAAGAUAGCUGAGGUGAUGCGUCCCGGAGCUGAGGCGGUAGUUGGCUAUGCCCUGUACUUCCCUACAUAUUCCACAUGGGAGGGACGUUCCAUGAUGCUUGAAGAUUUAUAUGUCCGCUCCAGUCAGAGACGCUUAGGGGUUGGCAAGAGGUUGUUUGAGGCAGUAGCUAAGGAAGCAUCAUCUACAGGGUGUAGCCGCCUUGAUUUCCACGUCCUGGAAUGGAACCCGGCACGCUCCUUCUAUGAGCACAAGGGUGCGGUCAACCUGACCAACACCGAGCAGUGGUGUUACUACAGGCUCGCUGGGGAGGCUCUCAAGAAAUUUUCCUAA